AUGGAUAAAUCCAAGCAACCUUUUCGUAAAUCCAAACGAUCUUUUCGUAAGCGUUUGCCCCCAAUUGGAUCGGGGGAUCGAAUUGAUUAUAGAACCAUGAGUUUCAAUCUCUUCCUGCUUUCAGUAACUGAACUUGACAGAGGGCAUAGGCACUACUGGAAGCCUUCCAUACCUUAUAGUAUAGGGAAAGAAAAGAUUGACUACUACAGACCUAAUAAAGCUUCAAACAUUUGGGAGAUCGGAGCUUUUUUGACCAAUUGUUCAAGUCCGAAAAAGAUCUGUUCAAGAAAGAAGAAGAUAAAUUUCGGGUCAAACCAACAACCAGAUUGUGUAGUAAUAAUGAAUGCAGAUAAAGAGUCCUCAGUCAUACUCGAAGCUGAUCGAUUACAAAUACCUAUUGCAUCUUCAGUGGAUUCGAAUAUCCCAUUGGAAUCCUAUAAAAGAAUCACUUAUCCCAUUCUAGCGAAUGAUCCUAUACAGUUCGUAUAUCAAUUUCGUAAUUUGAUCAUGAAAAUAAUUCUUCAUGAACAAGGAAGAAUCAUUACAAUGAAGGAGACUGCGGGACAAGAAAGAACUCAUCGAUCAACCGUUUCCAAGAAGAAAUUUUAG